AUGUACCUCACGGUCCUAAAUGUCUCUGGCAACAGCAUUGAGAAUCUUGAGGGAUUAAAGAGCUUAACCCGGUUGAAAUGUCUGAAUUUAAAUCAAAAUUGCAUUUCGCGGUUAAAUGGCUUGGAAAAUUUAAAAAAUCUUCAGAGACUCUAUCUUAACCACAACAAGCUGCAUGAUUUCCCUUCGUGGUUUCAACACAAUCUUUUUUCUCUUAAAUGUUUGCAAGUCGGAUAUAACAGAAUUGACAACCUCCACAUUUUGACAAAGCUUCGGCGUCUACCUAAUCUAACGGAACUCGUGAUAAGAGGAAACCCAGCCACCGACCCAGAAAACGCACACUUUAAUUCCAUCUGUUCCUCGAAGUCCAGCGCCGAUACUGACCAACAGGAGUCUGUUUUUAAACAGUGCUGUCGAUCUUUCGCUAUUUUCCACUUGCGAUCGCUGACGCUAUUGGACGGACAGGUUGUUGUGCCUGAGGAACGAAAAGAGGCCGAUUCCUGGUUUGAGCAAGCCGAGAUAUCGCGUAUCAACAGUCAAUUGGAAUCGAGGGAGGCUGAGGUAGCCGAGCUCUCGGACUGCCUAGCGCGCCUAUCGAUCGAGGCGGAAGGACGCGGGGCGCUAGCCGAAGGUUUAGCCAAACAGAAGGCUGAACAGGAUCUUAGACUGGAUGAAAUGCGGAAGGAGCUCGCCGCCAAGGAUGAACUGGUAAGUAAAUUUCACAUGGCCUAG